AUGACCACCAUGGCCGCGGAACUCGACUCCCACUGGACCAUCAACAUGACCAACGCUGGUGCUGUAGCAUCUCGAGAGUAUCAAGAGAUUCAGGCGUCUACACCUAUACCUUUGGACAGAGACACCGUUGAUGUCAAGAAAGCAAUGGAAAAGUCACCUGGAGGGCCUGCCACCGGUUGGCAUCGGGCAGGCGACCUGGAGCGGAUCUGGAACUGGAACAGAGUAGUUCCCGCUUCAAUCGAGCGAUGCGUUCACGAAAUGAUUGAGGAGCGUGUCCGAGAGCAGGCAGAUGCCCCGGCCGUGUGCUCACUGAACGAGCGGUCUUUUGUUCCCGAGACGGUGGUCGGCGUCCCGUCUGGGCGAUGUUGCUACACCAUAGUGGCAUUCUUGGCCGUUCUCAAGGCCAGUUUAGCUUAUUUGCCAUUGGACGGGAAGCUACCCGUCGCCAGGGUUGAGAUGAUACAGUCCUCGGCGGCAGGGCAGAAACCCGUUCUGGUAGGGCAAGACGUUGGCGUGCCGGCGCUGAAAGACGUCGAACCCGUCCGAGUCAAGGACAUUCUUGACGAGAAUGCUGCCGCGGUCAAGGAGUGGACAUGCUCACAGUCGCCGUUGGAUGCAGCAGGACCAGGACCCAACAGCAACAGCCUUGCAACAUCCAAAGGGGGCAACUUCAGGGGCAGCCUACGGGCUGCGCCCGUCAUGGCCCACAUGUCCAGCAUCUCUCUUGACAUGUCCACCGCGGAGGUGUAUCCGACCAUCUUGAAUGGAGGCACUCUGGUCUGCAUCAGAACGUGCGAGUUGAUGGAGAGUGCCGUCGUGGUCGGGAUUUUCAAAAGGCACAAGAUCAACAGUCUAGUCCUAACACCGGCAUUGCUGCACCAGUUUCUAAGCCAUUACCCUGAGGUGUUUUCGGCCAUUCAGACCGUGUGGGUGGGCGGCGAUGUAGCUCGACCAGAGAACCUGCGGCGCUUGAGGCACGAGAUGAUGACGACGGCACACGGGCGAAUUUUCAACGACUACGGCCCAACUGAAAACACUUGUCUCAGCACCAGCUACGCCGUGCCCGAGGAUGAUGGCAUCUUUGCAAGUGGCGUUCCCAUCGGCCGUGCCGUUGACAACUCGGGAAAUGGCCUGGCCAGGGGCUAUCUUGAUCCACGGCAGGACACGGACGAGCUCAUCAAGGUCAGUACGGGUGGCGAUGACAAACUACGGGCUUAUAGAACGGGUGACCUUGUCCGUCGGCGUCCAGUAGAUGGACAGCUGGAGUACCUUGGCAGGUUGGACGGACAGGUGGAAGUACGAGGUCAUCGCGUCGAGUUGGGAGAAAUCGACGAGGCCUUGCGCGGGCAUCAUCUUGUGAAUGAGGCAGCGGCGGCCAUCCAAGGUGAUGUCGUUGUCGGGUUCGUUACCCUUCGGAACCACAGUGGAGAUGACGAAGAAGAGGAAUCGCGGCUCGUGAAGCUGUGGGAGGAUUCGUUUGACGCCGACAAGUAUGCAGAGGCUGAUGCCACCAAGCUCCGCAAGACCGGGCGAGACCUCCGCGGAUGGACAUCCAUGUACGACAGGCAGGAUAUUGACGAGGCCGAUGUGAAUGAAUGGCUCCAUGAUACUAUACAGCUGAUUCUCAACGGCAAACCCGCAAGCGGCCAGCGAGAUGCGCAGUCUAUGCGCGGUUGA